UUCAGAGCUCCACUCUGCGUGGACCGACGUGAAGGCAACAGGGAAACCGGCUGCCGCCUGCUCCACCAGCCUGGGAUGGAUUUUGUUUUUUCUGUUUCCUCUCAGAGAUUAUUGUGAAAUCUGGAGCGGAGCGCUUCACGCGAAAUAUCCAAAAACCACCACCAGCAGCAGCAGAAGCAGCAGAAGCGGCUGCAACUUGGGAAAUAAUUUUGUUUCUUUACAUACAGUCAAUAAGGAUCCAGUGCAGAUCGCUCGGAUGCAGUGUGAGGAGCAGUGGAAAGAGCAGAGGAUCCGAGGCGACACCAGAUGAUGUCCGGAUUACUGUUUACUUGAACGACCUUGGGUUAUUUCCUUCUGCAGCCGGAUUAUUACUAUUUUUUUUGGGUGGAAUGGAGAAAGAUCUGACGCUUUUGCCACACUCUGUUAAAAUUCAGGACGAGAUGAGUUCUGGACAACAAAGGACUGUCUGGUUCAGCGCAGCCACACAGAGAUGGGCCUCCUAGCUGGUCACCCCUCCAGAUCACCGCCCUCUGCUGUGCAAUAACCCCUGAUCAUCACACACGCGUUGGCACACAGACAUGGAGGAGAGUGGGAGUGGAUGACAGUAGCACCAAACUGACUGCGGUAGAAAGAAGUCGAGGGGAAGUACAGAAUUGCUUACGGGAUGUACUCGAGGUGAAAAUGUUGCUGUGAGUCAGAAAUCUAACCAAAGACUGAGGCACCUCACUGCCGCCGCGCAUCUCCCACUCUGAAGUGAAUCAAUGCUACAUCCUCCAGAGUAUGGGGUGCGUCAAAUCCAAGAGGAACGACUCCGCUGGCCAAAAUGCAAACUCCACCGACAAGGCGGAAGGCAAAGGCAAGGGGACGAAAGGCGAGAAGGCCUACUUGGUUCACUCAGAGAUGGACUCGGUGGAGAACUCCCCUCAGGUCAACCCAGUGCUGCUGGAGUACGCCCAGAAGCUCUCCGAGGAGAUCGUGGCCCGGGCCGUGCAGCAGUGGGUGGAGGUAGACCGCCGCUACAGUGACAUCCCCUACAUUGAAUGUGAUGUGCCAUGACAUGGGAAGGUGUAUUAUGGUGGAAAGACUGGGCUGAGACUGCUUGAUACUGAAGGUCCUACAUGUGAAACAAGGCCAAGAGUCUCAAACACUGUCAUUCAGAAGGAAUCACUCAAGCAUCUACCUGCUGUGAGCAGGAGUAUGAAUGAGCUGUCUGUAAUUCAUUGUUGACCUACUUUUGGAUUGGAUUAUACUUGGAUUGAGCCUAAAAACCCUCCUCCAAAGUGACCAAAGCACUCUGAUCCCAUCUACGUUCCUCUGAUUAUUUGUAUCAAAGAUGAAGCCCUCGCUGAAGCAGAGUGUCUUCAGUUGGAUAUCAUCUUUCUCUGUUCGUGUUUGUCCCGUCUCUCUCAGUAGGUGCUGGACUCAUAUCGCAGAGCAAGAAAUCCUGUCAGAUAUUGCCUGGAACCACGAUGUUCCUGCUCGCCAGUGAAAGUCUAUCCUGCCCACUGAUGUUGUCCCAGGGCCAAGAUUCCCUCCUCUUACGGAGGAGGGUAUUAAUAGAUGCCUUCAUUUGGUGAAGGCCCUCACUCGAAAACCCUUACUGGUAUCACCGGUCACAAACACAACCAGCUGUCUGACUCCUUUUGGUCUGACAAAAGCCUCCGCGGGCUGAAGUUCUCUCUUAAUGGCCUCCCUGGAGAUGCUGUGGCAGAGCCAUAAGGAGCAUCAUCCUCAGCUCUGCGUAUCCCACUGCCAUUAGGCAGCGUUGACCGCAGCCCUCCAUCCAACAGGAAAGGUCUUCGAAAUGGGUCCAGGAAAUUAUGUGCACAAAUGAUGCAUUUCCUGCCCACCAGGAUGCUCUCUGUGCACAGUUUGCGAACUUCAACAGGACUUGGAUAAUUUGGGGCCCACUGUUCUCUCCACCACAAAGAAAUCAGGGCAUGAGAAAGGAUUGACACAAUUCUAGAAAGGAUUUGGCUUAUCAACAGAACUAGAGUUUAAAAUAACAAAAGCAAAAAAAAAACACUUGGCUUUGGCUAAAAUGUUACAGGCCUAGUUUUUUGUCCACAUUGUAUAAUGUCUAACUGAGAAAUACUGCCAUCUGCCCUACAGAGGACAACAUAGAUAUGUAAACCUCGAAAACCACGAUAAUUCCGUCCAACAUAAAUAUAUGACUUCUUAAAGCAGGUGUUUAGAAUCGAGGUUCACAACUGCCAAAGUCUUUAAUGAAUGUUUCCCUGAGCCCUGUUAAGCUCCAGUUUGAGACGCUCUGUUGAGUUGUUUUACACGCCGUGAUUUAUGUGAAGGGGGCGUUAUACAGGUCAGGUCUUUUGGUAACUGCACAGAGGGGUAGUGUGGCUGUAAGUUGGAGCCAAAGAAGAGGAAAUCAUGUCAGAUUGUGCACAGGUACUCUCACUGUCAGUGGGAUUUACCCCAAAAUUAAAGCCACCGCUAGCUAAACUGUUCAGAGCAUUGAUGAGGACGCUUAAACUGCCACACAACUGUUUGCAGUGUUAACAGUUUUGAAGAAAAAAAAAAAAACUUAUAAAGAUGAAUUAUACUAAAAAGGAAGCAGUAACCAUCAGCUGAUAAGCCAUAAAAGUACGUGGCAGGGUAUUGUCACCUUUUGCCUUUAUCAACGGGUCUCUAAUAACGCUAACAGUGUUUGACAUAAAAGUGACCAAUAAAAUGAAAAAGUCAGAG